UCAUCAACUCUACAAAUCCUUCUGUCAGUUAGAAUUUUCUGUUUAUAAAUUAAAUUCCAUAUUAUAUUAUUUUGUUGGAGGGCUUAACAUUUAAACAAAUUUAGUUACAAAACUUAAUAAAUUAUCUUAUGAAAAAAUGACGGCCGAUAAUGAAUAUCCUAAAGCUUCAAAUGCGACGUUAAUUGGAGCUGCUAUAACGUAUGUGUCUGGUUUGUUUCUGCUCCUGUCGUUUGCUGGUCCAUACUGGAUCGAGUCCUAUCCGGAGAUGUUCUCGUCAUUCAAGCACAUGGGAUUGUGGGAAUAUUGCUUUGAUCGAUUCAGAUUCCCAUCUUACCAGUUUGACAAAUUGUUUCACGGAUGUCACUCAGUUUUUAGCCAGGAAUACUAUGUUAUUCGCGAGUGGUUGCUGCCCGGAUGGCUGAUGGUCGUACAGACAUUUGUGACUCUUGCUCUGAUACUGUCUCUCUCAGCUCAAGUCAUACAGGCGUGUGUCAUUGUGCGCUGGCCUCUGAGACCCAUCCUGCGCUACGAGUGGAUCUGCAUCUCUGUCACUUGUAUUAUGGAUGGAUUGGCCAGUUUUUUCCUGUUCCUGGCAGUGGCAAUCUUUGGCGGCAACUGCUACAGGCGUGACUGGCUGCUCUACCCCUCCUUCAAUGUGCUCUCCUGGUCAUAUGCCUUUGCUGUUAUUGCCUGCAUGCUUUUCGGCGUAGCGGCAGUGCUGCUGUACCUGGAGUCGCGCAAGCUGUACGAGCUGCGGCGCGAGGCCAAGAACCUGGUGGCGCAGAUGCAGCACAGCCAGCCCGAGCACGCGCUGCAGCAGCUGCAGCAGCAACUGCACCAGCAGCGCGCCAUGGGCGGCUGGUCCUCGUAGACCAACCCCAUUAUUAUGUCCAGCAGCAGCUAAGGUUGUUUCAUAUUUGAAUACUGCCAGGGCAUUUUCACUAUUUCUUUGUUUUAAUCAUGUGCUGCAGCAAUUGCACCAGCAUAGGCAGCUGAUUGUUUAGUGCAUUAUUUUCACUGUUUCUUUGUUUCACCUCUUUAGAGAAAUGCUUUGAACUAAUCGUGUGUAUCUUGUAUAUUGGAAGAUGUUGUUUUCAGAGAGCCGUAGGGAUUUUACUCAGUGACUCACCAUUCGCUAAGCUCUGGUCAGCUUGCUUGGAGUGAAUGUUUGUUUAAUCAGGUCAUAAUUUAGAUAGGUAAGGAGCAGAUAGGCUCAGUGACAUAUCCGAAGACUCCUUAUUACAUACUACUAUGGAAUCUAAACAAGGGAUCACAAAUAGAAAGACGUUGUAAUACAUUAGCAGCUCACAUGCAUUCCACAAACGAAGAUGCUAUAAGUCCACCAAUUCACAAUAUAAGAUUAUUUAUCACCAACUUUACUUAUUUCGUUAAGACUGAAUGUUAGCACUUUUAUUGUAACUCUGCUCUCAAUGAAUUUUAUUAUGUUAUAUUUAGUCCUAUUUGUUUUUGUGUUUGGAAUUUUUGUACGUGUACUUAUGAUAUUUAUGAACUUCAUGUUUAGAUUGUUUAUUCAAUUUAUUGUACCGGUCGCUUACUAAUUAUAAAAUCGCCUGUAUUCAACCUUGCUGUAUUCUGUUACAGUUAAUGAAAUUUAUAGAUUAUCGGCAUUUUAACAUAUUUUCACUGAUUACUCACUUGGUAUAAUUCAAAUAAGGGAUUUAUUUUACCUAUAUUAUUAAGAGAUUUAUUUUAUUGUACCUAUGUAUUGGAUGUAGCCUAAAUAAGUGCCUUAAAAAUCAUAAUAUUAUCCCUAUUGGACCGACAUAAUAGAAUCUCAUUAUAUUAAAAAUUACACAACUUUAUCUAUAUAAACUAAAUAAAAUAUCUUGUAAUGGCUUAAUUUUUCGCAAAAAGCGACUAUUAUGUGUGAUACCUAGAGAUAUAAAUAUUUUCGUGUGUUCAUCUAAAUUGGUGGUAAUUCGAUGUAAGGUAAAAUAACAAUUAUUUUAUAAAGGUAUUUUGUACAGUAUUCGAUUUAUAAAGAAUACUUAUCUGAAAAACAAUGAUUAUUUUUUUAGAUAAUUAAGUUUUAGUUUUAAUGAACACUCCGUCCACAAAAUAAAUAAUGUUUACUUCGAUCUAUUUUAACGCCAUGCAAUGGUUUUUUUUAUGUUUAAGACAAAUACUAGCACCUAGCGAAUGACAAAUAAAUGUAUUUUUAAAUAAGUA